AUGGAUGAAAUCGAUUCUAGACUACUACAGAUUGAAGAGGAGAAGUUAAGAUGCUUUCAAGAAAAUACAAACGAUCCUGAUGCCCAGUUACUCAUGAGCCUCUUACCAUUUCUAAAAGAUAUCCCAAAACAUCGUACAUUACUAGUACGAGUAAAAUUACAGCAAGUUCUUAUAGAUAAAAAAGCUGCUAUAUCAUCCGCGGUACAGUUUGAUAAUAGUGAUUCGAGUCAGUACAAUGUUGAUUUCAGUGUACCACAAAAUCAUUCAAUAGAAUUGCAACAAUCUAUUAGUAUACUCCCACAACAAUUAUCAGAUGCAAUUCAAAAACUACCGCGCGAAGUUACUAGAGAGUUCGCAGACUGCGAAAGUGUUGAUUGUCGCGGUGGAGAAGUGCGCGGGGCGGGGGCAGGGGUAAUCACGCGAUUGCUCUGA